AUAAAGGACAAUUGAAUCCCUCGAAGUUUGGAUCUUCUCAUCAGCAUCAAAACAACCAUCUUCAUCCUCAGUCUCCUAAGGAUCAGCGCAAUCGCCGGAAUAGUCUCAUUAAGACCCUCUUGAAUCAACCGACAUCAUGUUGUACCUUCCUCUCGUCGCCCUUUCCUUUGCCUCCACCCUGGUGAGCGCAUACCCCAUCACUGGCGAUGGUGUCAACUGCCGCUCUGGUCCUGGCACCAACCAUCCUGUGGUCAAGUCCUACCCCAAGGGCCAUGAUGUCUCCAUUGUCUGCCAAGCGCCCGGCACCGACGUCAAGGGCGACAAGCUCUGGGACAAGACCUCCGACGGCUGCUAUGUCGCCGAUUACUACGUGAAGACCGGCAGCUCCAGCUAUGUCACCAAGCACUGCGAUGGCGGCAGUGAUGGUGGCAGCGGUGGCGGCAGCGGCAACCUCCCCGGUCUCACUGCCACUCAGUCCUCUCACGCCCACAAGAUCAUCGAUGAAGCGAAGAAGGAAGGCCUUGGUCGUCAGGGUUGCCUGGCUGGUAUUGCGACCGGCUUGGUCGAGUCCAACCUCUUGAUUUAUGCCAACAGCAAGGUCCCCGAGUCCCUGAAGUACCCCCAUGACGCCGUCGGCCACGACUACGACAGCGUCGGUAUCUUCCAGCAGCGUGCUGUCUACUACCCCAACAUCGCUGCCGACAUGGACCCUGCCCGCUCCGCCGCUCAGUUCUUCGCCAAGAUGAAGAAUAUCAGCGGCUGGAAGACGAUGGAGGUUGGCAAGCUUUGCCAGAAGGUCCAGGUCUCGGCUUAUCCCGAUCGCUAUGCUCAGCGUGUGCCUGCUGCUCAGAAGAUUUGCGCUGCCGGUGGACUGUAACCUGCUUACUCUAUUCCUUUUCUCUUUCGAUGUGUGAACACAGCGCAUAGAGGUCAUUAGACGCUCG